UUCAGUGAACAAAAUCUUUUGACGCUUUCAUUACUUUUUCGGGUUAAUAAAGCAACAAAAACGAAGAAUACUAUGGAGUGAAGUCGGUGGCUAUGUCAUUCGUGCCUUCUCUCAGGUCUGGCGCAGGGCUGAGGGGGCCCGGGUCCGACAGCAUGGCAGAGGGAGACGAGGGUUCGCCGGGGGAAUGGAAGGAGAAGUACAUGGCUCUGGAAGCGCUGCUCUUUAAGUUCCGAGGACAGAUGAGUGUGAUUCGGGAGCUCACUGCCGAAAAGGUGCAGCAGUUGGAGAAGCAGGUUCUGGAAGCAGACCGGCGUGCCUAUGAAGCUAACCAACAGGUGCAGUGGAUGGAGGAGCGCCUGAAGGUAACCGAUGUGCAGUCAGGGGACUCAGAGUUGAAACUCUUCAGACAUUGCCAAGACCUGCAGGCUGCCUUGCAGGAGAAAGAGGAGCUCAUCACCUCCCUGGAGCAGCAGCUUGAAGAGCAGAAACGGAGCCGGAUCCAAGACGCCAAGACCGUAGAAGAGAAAGCGGCCAAGAUCAAGGAGUGGGUGAUGAAGAAGCUGAAGGAGUUUGAAACGGAGAGCGCCUCCCUGAGGGAUGCAAAUCAGCAGCAGGAGUCUCGGAUCCAGGACCUAAAAAGACAAAUUCAGGUCCUGCAACAGGUGACGGGGCGCGUGGGCCCGGUUCUGGCCGCACCGGGACAGGUGCAGCGCCUCACCUACGGCUGCGUCCAUGUGCCAGCGAAGAGCCCGCGGGUGCUGAGUGGCUUGGCGCCAGCUCAGAAGAGCGUCACACACACGGACCGCAGGAGUCCCCCGGCUGACUGCAGCAUGAAGCUCCAGAGUCCAGAGGGUCCCGCUUCUAAAAUGCACGAGUCAGAGGAGGAGGGGGAGGUUGAGGCUUUGGAUGCGUCACCUGGCGGCAUCUCCUCUGUCCCGUCAGACGCCGCGGGUGGAUGCGGAGGUCCCGAAGUCGGCCGCCCCGCCAGCGAAGCCUACCUCACCGCCUCCGACGACAGCAGCUCGCUCUUCGAUGAUGACUUGCAGCGGGCCGAGUGCCUCGCCUUCUGCACCCCAGGCCCCGACGGCACAGGCAGGGCCAAAGGUCAUGACAUGGCCGACCUCAAGGAUGGCCCCUCGGACGAGCUGAACAGGCGUUUCCGGUCGCACGGGCUCACUUCUCUGACCUCCUCCAACAAGGCCAGCACACCCAGCCCUGUCCUAACCUCGGCACCCACCCCGAAACGUCCCACGCCCUCCCAGGAGGGCACGCCCGCCUCUCCCAAGCAGCCCCGCCUACGCACCCCGAAUGCCUUCAGUGUUAACAUGGCUCUUGCCAAAAAGCACCUGAGCCAGCCUCCACCGUGCAGCGACGCGGCCCACGGGAGGAGCCGCAACGCCAUCAGCAUGCUCCGCCCGCUCAAGCCCCAGGAGACCGACCUGGACCAGGAACCGGAAAUGGAGACCGGCGAGCCCGCACUGCCCGUAGGGCCAUUGAACACGCUGGCAGAACGGGGGAAGACCUCCGAUGCUUCUGCAGCUGGGAGCAAGCCACCCACCCCGCCUCUGCACAGGUUUCCCUCCUGGGAGAGCAGAAUAUACGCAGUGGCCAAAUCCGGAAUCCGGCUGUCGGAAACGUCGUGUGCAGACGAAGCGAAUAAAGACUCCUCCCACCCGUCCUCACACCCCGCCUUCACGCUCUACACAUCUCUCGUCUACAGGAACAUGAGCACGCCCGUCUACACUACAGUCAAGGGGAGGGCGACGUUGCUGAGCAGCGGUCAGUUUUCCGAGGAGUUGUCCAGCUCGGAGGAGGAUGGGAGCUCGGAGGAGGGUCAGUGGAACUCCGUCGAGGAAGAGGGUGACUCGCACGUCUCGGGCAAAGGCAGUAGCCAUGACAGCCCCCGCUCUCUCAGGAGAGCCAUGUCCCGCUCCUCCAUGGCGUCUGAGAGUGACUACGCCAUCCCUCCCGAUGCCUACUCCACUGACACCGAAUGCUCCGAGCCGGAGAACAAGCUGCCUAAGACCUCCUCCUCCUCCUCGAGCAGCGACGGCAGCAAGAGUGAACCAAUGGAAAAGUCGGGCUACCUGCUUAAGAUGGUCAAGACCUGGAAGAAGACCUGGAAGCGCAGCUGGUUCGUGCUGAAGGACGGCGAGUUGUUGUACUACAAGUCACCGAGCGAUGUCAUCCGCAAACCUCAGGGUCAGAUUGAGCUGAGUGCUUCCACCACCAUUUCCCGUGGGGAAGCCAAACAAAUGCUUCAGUUGAUGACGGGAAAGCGUGUGUAUAAUCUGAAGGCAGACUCCCCCAACCUGCUGGAGGAGUGGCUGAAGGUCCUGCAGUGUGUGCUCAGGGUCAAAGCAGCCAGCCCUCUCUUCACUCAGCCCAACGUCCGGCCCACCAUACAGGGACAUCUGAUAAAGGUAAAGCAUGGCUAUUCUAGGCGUGUGUGGUGUGCGCUCAUCGGAAAGACACUGUGCUACUUCAGAUGUCAGGAAGACAAGUUCCCCCUGGGUCAGAUCAGGCUGUGGGAGGCGCGUGUGGAAGAAGUGGCUCGGUCAUGUGACCCAGAUGAGGACAGUAAGAGUGGGCAGUCUGCUGUCUCUACCAUCUCCAUACAGGCCCUGAACCAGGUCCCCACUUACCUACUCGCAGACUCCCAGCAUGAGAAGGUCGCGUGGCUGUAUCACCUGUGCGUGGCAGCAGGCGCUCGCCUUGGACAGGUGGGAACUGAGUUUGAGCAGCUGCUUAGCGAGCUGCUCCUCGUGGAUGGGGACCCAGGCUCUCGGGUGUGGAGGCAUCCCACGCUUUGCUUCAGUAAGGACGGCCUGACAUCGCCUCUCACCUCCCUGCCCUCCCAGGCCUUGCAGACCGAAGCUAUUAAACUUUUUAAGACCUGUCAGCUCUUCAUUAACGUGGCCAUUGACACGCCAGCCAUAGACUACCAUGUGACACUGGCCCAGUGUGCACUGCAGGUUUGUCUCACACACCCCGAGCUACAGAACGAGAUUUACUGCCAGCUCAUCAAACAGACACGCAUGAGGCAUUCUCAUGGCCAGCCGAGCCCACUACAGGGUUGGCAGUUCCUGGCGUUGUGCGUGGGGCUCUUCCUGCCUCAGCACCCCAUUCUGUGGCUUCUUGGGUGUCACCUCGAAAAGCACGCAGACGCUAGGACAGAGGCGGGGAAGUACGCCAUCUACUGCCAGCGCUCAGUGGAGCGGACCCAGCAGAGGGGCGAACGGCAGGCUCGGCCCUCCCGCAUGGAGAUCCUGUCCAUCCUGCUGAGGAACCCGUACCACCACUCCCUGCCCUUCAGUCUGCCCGUGCACUUCCUCAACAGCACCUACCAGGUCGUUGGUUUUGAUGCUUCCACCACGGUGGAAGAGUUCCAGAGUCGCCUGAACCAGGACACGGGCAUGAGGAAGACCGGCCAGUCCGGCUUCAGCCUCUACUCGGAUGACCCCACCGGCCGAAACAUAGAACACUACCUGCAUGGCAGCCUUAAGAUCUGUGACAUCAUAGCUAAAUGGGAACAAGCCUGUAAGGAGCUGCACACGGGCAAAUGGGAGAAUGCCCGGACAGUGAAACUGACGUACAAGAACAGGUUUUACUUCUCCCAGCAGCUGAGAGGAGAGACGGAGAGAGAGCGCCUUCUCUUGGCAUACCAGACAAAUGAAGAGAUUGCCGCCGGUCACUUCCCAGUGAACAAAGAGCUCGCCUUAGAGAUGUCCGCUCUGCUCGCUCAGGUGGAGUUUGGUGACUUUGAAAAGCCGUUCCCCAGCGCGGCUGCUGCAGGCUCCGCGCAGGCUAAAUCUAAGCAGACUCUGAAGCAGGUUCUUGAGCACUUCUACCCCAAGCACUACAGAAGAGCCUGCACAGAGGAGCAGCUGAGGCAGUUGGGUCAGAGGCUCUCGGUCCGCUGGGCGUCCCUGAGGGGCCGGGGUUCCUCUGAGUGUGUGCGCAUCUACCUGACAGUGGCCCGCAAGUGGCCUUUCUUCGGAGCAAAGCUGUUUGAGGCCGAGCCCCUGAGCCCUUCUCCACAGCAGAGCACGCGUGUGUGGCUGGCAGUACACGAGGGAGGCCUGAGUGUGCUGGAGUUCACAUCCAUAAAACUCCUGGUGUCCUACUCCUUUAGGAAAAUUCUAACGUUUGGAGGUUGUCGUCAAGACUUCAUGCUGGUGGUGGCUCAGAGUUCCGGCACCAGCCCGACCAGGGAGAAGCUCACUCGGAAGCAUUUGUUCUCCAUGAACCCUUCUAAGAUCUUGGAGUUGACCCUGCUUCUGGCCGGCUACAUUAACAGUGCCCAUCAGCAGAAGUCAGCAGCGCACCAUCUCUCGGCCCCAGCCCUCCUGCUGGGCCAGCCUCACUGCGGAGAGCCAUGCAGCAACUCCCCACCUGCAGCCUGCUGCAGACCCAGCAAAGCCCCCACCCUGCUCUGAGGCUCCCCCUAGUGGAUAUUUGCUACACUACCGCAGGACCUAGAGCUGAGGGCGGGCGUGCACUAAUAUUCAAAGUGGAGAGGAACAGGUGCAAGACUUCUUUAUGUGGCCUGUGGUCUUUCCUUUCAUUGUACUUGCCAUAUAAAAAGCAUCUGAAGUCACUGUGUUAAUCCAUGUCAUGUAUGUCAGAGGUCUACAAUGAAGUCCUAGGUGUUAUAGUCCAUCGGCCAUAGCCAGCAUUGCACAACCAACCAUAAGCAAAUUUCAUUUUAAAGAAAUAUAUGCAAACGUUAACCAAAGACCAUCCUAUUAUUCUAAUCAAUUUAUGUGUUCCAUGAUUUAAGACUGAUAUAGUCCAGAGACAUGUUUGCGCUAACUGAGGACAUUCCAAAUUAAUAAGUAAUUUAUUUACUCUUCUCCCAAAUAAACCCUAGAAAAUGUUAAAGCUGAACAGUACAUCGGAGGGGUGUAUAAGUUUUUUUCAAAGUAAUGCAAGUCAUUCCAUGAGUGUUAGCAUGUAGAUAAAGUUGAUUUUGACAGGUUAUAAAGUGAUUACUGAAUUUCUACAGAAUGAAUGUUUGUUGGCAUUGUUUCUCUGUGCAGAUCUAGACUGUCAGAAUAUCACUGUGUGGUAAAGAAUCACAAAGGAAAGAGAAAAUGUUUGUGUUAACUAUACCUCAAGUUAAAAACAGGUAGUGGCAGGUUCCUCUCAGUUUAACAUGCGACAUCAUUUUAUUUUGUUGUUAUCUUGUAGCAUUUGAGUUGAAUUAAAACCAAAGCAACACUUUCAUUCAGUGGUUUAACAUUGAUUUCCCAUGUUUGUUAUUUGUCCAAACAAGUUGUGUGUGAUCAUUUGGUGUCUUACAUAGACAAUCUUACAAGGGAAGCUCAACAAUGAACUGGUUAUCGGAACAAAUGGAUAUCAACGUAUGUCCUAAGUUAUUUCUCUUGGAAGAGACCCUUGUAGUUUUGCAAGGUGUUUUUUUGUUGUUGUUUUUGUUUUUUUGUUUUUCCCCUUCUCAGAUGAAACUACAAAUGAAAGCUGAAAGCUCCUAUUCGCCUUUCCGGUUUCACUGAGUCACCAGCAGCUUCAUGGUAUCGUCGAUAGUAGCAACUACACAGUCCCUCCUACCACUGUAAAUGUCCUUUCUGAUUGGCUUUUUAUGUUGAACCGCCUUGGAUUGCCAUGGAUACACACUGAGAGUGACUACUCAUUUCAUGUAUCAAGAAGCCUAACUGUGACCUGCCCAAACCUGUCCAAACUAGUCUCUGACACAAAGGUUGCAGGCUGUGUUGUGAAAAGA